GGUGGGCGGGGCUAGACCGGAGGUGCAGGUGGGAGGCAGCCACCUGGAAUCAUCUGUAAGCCAACAGACCUGAGGUGCAGGCGUUGGAUUCAGGGUUCAGGGUGAAGCUUCUCUGGAAACUUCAGGCUGGGUGCAGUGGCGGAACCAAAGGAGGACAGGCAUUGGUUGCCGGGACGGACGUGGAGCCGACCUGUCCGUCCUUACAAGUUUCCCCCGGGCGACCUGCGACCUAGCCCAGGUGGCCAAGUGGUUCCACGAAACCUUGGGUUCGUCGCUGGCCUCAGUUCGAGGGCGACAGAGAAAUCUUCGUGCCUCAGAUUUAUUGGCCUACAGGAUGCUUCGAUACUCAUAUUUUUGUAGGAUACAUAAAGAAUUUUUUUCUUUGGAAUCUGGCAUACGUAAUUUAGGUGUCUGGCAGAAGAUGAUACAUACUACAACAAAAAAAUAUGAAUAUGAAGUUCAGGAAUCAACAGAUGAAACUAAAACCCAGGAAUUAGACAGAUCUCAAGAUAGUGAUCCCAAAGUCAUGGAUAAGUUACAUAUUCCAGUAAUGGUGGAUGAAGUUAUUCAUUGUUUGGCACCACAAAAAGGACAGAUUUUUCUAGAUAUGACAUUUGGUUCAGGAGGGCACACAAGAGCCAUUCUUCAGAAGGAAUCAGAUAUUAUUCUGUAUGCCUUAGACAGAGACCCAACAGCCUAUGCUAUAGCAGAACAGCUUUCAAGAUUGUAUCCUAAACAGAUCCGAGCUUUAUUAGGCCAGUUCAGCCAGGCAGAAGACUUGCUAAUAAAAGCUGGAGUUCAGCCAGGGACUUUCGAUGGAAUUCUUUUGGAUCUUGGAUGUUCCUCCAUGCAACUUGAUGCUCCUGAAAGAGGAUUUUCCCUUCGGAAAGAUGGCCCUUUGGACAUGAGGAUGGAUGGUGGCAGGUAUCCUGACAUGCCCACUGCAGCUGAUGUUGUGAAUGCUUUAGAUCAUCAGGCCCUUGCAUCCAUCCUAAGAACGUAUGGGGAAGAGAGGCAUGCCAAAAAAAUCGCUUCAGCAAUCAUUCACGCACGCAGUGUAUACCCAAUCACCAGAACCCAGCAGCUCGCCAGCAUUGUCGCAGGUGCAUUUCCUCCCUCUGCUAUUUAUUCACGAAAAGACUUGCUGCAACGAUCUACCCAUAUUGCUACCAAGACUUUCCAAGCUCUCCGCAUAUUUGUGAACAAUGAGCUCAAUGAACUCUACACAGGACUGAGGACAGCUCAAAAAUUUCUGAGACCUGGUGGUCGCCUUGUUGCCCUCUCCUUCCAUUCAUUAGAGGACCGCAUUAUCAAACGAUUUUUGCUUGGCAUAAGUCUUACUGAAAGGUUUAACCUAAGCAUUAGACAGAAAGCGAAACAAACACCACAGUUGGUUUCGGACCAUGAAAAUGAAGAAAUCUCGGCAAGAGCUCCCUUAAUGUGGGAAUUGAUACACAAGAAGGUUCUUACUCCAGCCUGUCAAGAGGUACAAGAUAACCCCAGAGGACGCUCAGCCAAGCUCAGAGCAGCCAAAAAGUUGAGAAACUAAGCGCCAUCUGAUCUUCCACUACUUCUUCUGUUUUUCUAGUUAUUUUAAUGUGAUAUUCCUGAACAGUUUAAUACAGCUUAAAAUAUGAAACUAUAUGGAAAUUAAUGGUAGUUAGCAUUAUUGGUUUUUUUUCCCAAGAAAAUGGAGGAAAUUUCAGCCCAACAUAGAAAGCUCAAAGCCAGGUUGCAGCAACAUCUUAAAACUGGAUAAAUAUUUCUUUCCCUUAUUUUUGACUUAAUGAGAAAAAAUUUUAAAGAAUGCUAUGUUGUAUUCUUUAAAUAUAGAAGUUCUAUCUGGCAAAGAGAAAGAUACUAUAAUCAUGUUUGCAUGACCUAAAUUCUAAACUUAUGUUCAAAUUUGCAACAGACAUUCUAUGGCUCAAAUAAUUAAUGAUGAUCAAGGAAUGUAUUUUAAUUUUCCUAGUUAUGAAUAAUUGAUUGCUAUAGCUUUCUCAAGUAUAAGUUUUUUUAAUAAAUUUUAAUUUUCAAAUAUUACUUUAAGAUAUGCUAACCUGAAAAAUCAAAUUAUAGAUCAUUACCUUAAAGGGAUUUUUCAGUAUGAUUUGGACUGUUUCAUGUUUUGCAUGUAAGGAUGUAAACCUGCCCAAUCAGCUGUCAUGGGAAAUUAUUAUAAAACUUCAAUUCAAUGUCAUUGUGUUUAUCUUAAUAGCAAAUAAUCCUGUUUGAAUCCUGUGAUUUUUAUUAACAUUUAUUAACUUAAAAGGGGCUUUAUCAUAUUCCCAUAUAUACAUUUUGUAUAUGUAUAUAAUAUAUUUUGAUCAAAUUCACCUCUUUAUUGUUCCUUAACCUUGCAUUUUUAAUUGAGCUAUUAAAGGAAUUUAGAAAUCU